AAAAAAAAAUGGCGAGUGGUCUUGGGAAACAUAAAAUAUUAAAUGUGGGGCCAACGGAGCCCUGGUCAGUCAGAGAGAAACUGUGCUUGGCUUCUUCUGUCAUGAGGAGUGGCGACCAGAACUGGGUGUCUGUGAGCAGAGCCAUAAAACCCUUCUCUGAGCCUGGUCGUCCACCCGACUGGUUCUCACAGAAGCACUGUGCCUCCAAAUACUCUGAGCUGCUGGAAGCCACAGAAGCACCAAAACGUAAGCGUGGCGAGAAGGGUGAAGUGGUCGAGACCAUUGAGGAUGUCAUUGUUCGUAGACUGACCGCUGAGAGGAUAGAGGAGCUGAAGAAACUCUUGCGAGAUACACAAGAACAAUACAGGAAGUUGAAGAAAGAAGUGGAUCUGAUACAGACAGGUCACAUGGACUCACAACUGAAGGAACUAUGGGCAGAUAUCACACAAAAGAAAAAGCAUGAAGAGGAUGAAGCAGAACAGAAGAGGAAAGCUACAGAAACAGCCUAUCAGGCCCGUCAGGCAGUGAAAAACACACCUAAGCGUGUGCCCAGUGUCACAGUACGCUCUCCUCUGGGUGCCAGCCCCCCCACCAUGGAAUCUCAGGCUGACUCCUUGGUUGUUACUCCGCCCAUGGAUACAGGAGGAGUCAUGGCCGAUGACAGCAUCCCCCAUUCUGUUGCUCAGGGGGUUGGAAUGUUUCUGCCAGUGACAGCACCUGCAGUUCCAGGACUCAAAGAUGGAGGCCUGACUGCUCUGGUUGAUGACUCGCCACAGAAGAGGCUCCUCACCCAGAAGGCUACACCACCGCCGUCACCUCUUCUCUCUGAACUCCUGAAAAAAGCCAACCUCAUCUCAGCCAGUCCCCGCCUGGUUGGAGAGGGGGACUCUGCUGGUAGCCUUGCUAACGGAGUACAGGCAGCAACAGUGGCCACUGCCUUACCAACUGCUCAUGAGAUCAUUACAGAGGGUGAAGCAGACGCUAUGGUGAAGGCUGCUCUCGGUGAGGAGACAGGAUUGGUGGAAGAAGACCUAGUGGCUGUGUCUUACAUGGGAGAUGAAUUGGACUUGGAGACUGUCGGUGACAUCAUCGCUAUAAUAGAGGAGAAGGUGGACGACUCUGUUGAGGCCUUGGAUGCAGCGGCUGUGGAAGCAGCUCUUUCUCUGUGUGAGGAGGCAGUCUCAGAAGGCCACUCUUUGUCUGGCCCCUGGGAGACCCAGGAGCUAAAGCCUUCAGAUCCCACAACCACAAUCCAGGACUCAAACCCUAUACAAGAUUUUCAGGAUGUGACUGUGAUGUCAGCUUUGACCACCUCUGUCUUGGAGCCCCACAGUCAGGCAGAUAUUAAGAGGGAAGAUCAAUUUAAAGGCAACUGUGAGGGACAUGAGGUGACAGGAAGCGAUGUCCUGUCUUCUGUGGCCUCUGAUGAUGGUGCAACAGGAAGUGAAGUUACAGAAGAGGGAAUGACAUUGAAGGAAGCCACUGAAGGAGCAGUGAAGAGUGAAGGGGAAGAGUGGAACCAGCCUGAGCCCAACCCACCUUGCCUUGACUCUGAAGACAGUUCUGUCUCUGGGAAAGAAUCCAAGGAAAUAAAGGAGGAGGAGGCAGGAAGUGAGGGAGACCCAGAAGAAGGGAUGGAGCUGAAGGAGUGUGGAGAGGGGGAGGGUCCUUAUCUAUCAGAGGUGGAGCGAGCAGCCAGUGAGAGUGAAGAUGGGUAUGGCCCCGCCUCCCAACGCUACACAGUGGACUCCCUGGCCAGCAGUCCUGCUUCUUCCUCACAGUUGUCAACCUGUGGUGAGGACCAUGAGGCUGUGCAGGCACAGAAGAUUUGGAAGAAAGCCAUUAUGCUGGUGUGGAGAGCUGCGGCCAACCACAGGUAUGCCAGUGUUUUCCUGCAGCCCGUGUCAGAUGACAUCGCACCUGGUUACCACAGCAUUGUACACAGACCUAUGGACCUGUCUGCCAUAAAGAAGAACAUAGAGUCAGGAGUGAUCCGUACAACAGCUGAGUUCCAGCGAGACAUCAUGCUAAUGUUUCAGAAUGCAGUUAUGUAUAACUCUUCAGACCAUGACGUGUAUCACAUGGCUCUGGAGAUGCAACGUGAUGUCCUGGAACACGUCCAACAGUUCUUGGCCACCCAGCUCAUUAUGCAAACCUCAGAGAGCGCCAUUUCGGCCAAGAGCCUCAGAGGCAGGGAGGGAAGCCGUAAGCCAGGCGAGCCAGCCGACAAGGACAGUGUCCCAAUGGCCUCUCCUGCUUUCCUUCUCUCUCUGUUUGAUGGAGGCACCAGAGGGCGCCGUAGUGCCAUGGAGGCGGACCUCAAAAUGAAGAAAUAGACUAUUUUCA